UAGAUCGAGCACUGAUAUUUGCUUUCUGUAGCGAUACUAACAGAAGUAUAUCAUUAUAUCCAGCUCUGAGAGUCAAAGUUCAUUUUGUCAGGGAAUAACUGGUUACUGCAUUUGUCAGAAUGGACGCAGUGAUUGGAGUUCUUCUGUUCUUGAUGGCUGUAGGAGUUUAUGUUGUUUGUUCUAUUUACCUGCUACACAAUCCAUACAUCCUUCAUAAGAAGAAACACCUGGGAUUCUACUGCAAAAACAUUUCACACAGGGGAGGGUCUGGAGAGAAGAUAGAAAGCACAAUCGAAGCAUUUACACAUGCUGUUGAAGUGGGCACUGAUAUGUUGGAGAUGGACUGUCACCUCACACUGGAUGGGUAUGUAGUGGUUUCGCAUGAUGACAACCUUCUGAGACAAACAGGAUAUGACAAAACACUAUCAUCACUUAGAUUCCAGGAUUUGCCUUGUUAUGAAGAGAAACUUGAGGUCACGUUCUAUGUUGGACACUACAGUUCAGGAAAAGACAGAAGGUUUGCGUUGCUGGAAGAUGUCUUCAAGAAAUUUCCCAUCAUGCCAAUGGCAAUUGAGAUCAAACAAAACAAUGAAUUGUUAAUUCAAAAGGUCUCUAAUCUCGUGAAGCAGUACAGCAGAGAGGGCAUUACAGUCUGGGCUACAGAGGAUUCUGACAUUAUGGCUAAAUGCAUGAAGCAGAACCCAUCCAUGCCAUACAUGUUCACUCUGAAACGUGGACUGCUGCUUUUAUUGCUCUUCUAUACUGGGCUUCUUCCCUUUGUGCCACUGGGGGAAAGUUUAUUGAUGUUCUACCUACCCAGGAUUAUUAACAGGACCUACAUUCCAGAGGAAAGCUACUUGAAGUCAAGAUUUGCUGUGUCUCUACUUCAGAAGUUGACCAUGCGAAAAUCUUUGUUCGAACACUUGAUCAAGAGGGGGUUGCAGGUGCAACUGUUUGUGUGUAAUGAGCAGAGUGACAUGGAAGCUGCAUUUGCAAUUGGAGCUACAGGAGUUUUGACCGACUACCCCACCCUGCUGUCAAACUACAUUAAAAAGCACCCUCUCCCACCCCCGCCCCCACCCACUACUUAUUAGCUAUUUCAAAAUUACACUUAACUUGCCAUACAAGUAGAUAAAUGAACACAUUCACCUUGAAAUAAGAGCUGGAAAUAGAAUUUGUAUGUAACAUUAUGAACUUUUUAUAGGACAAUGUUACUGCAGCGUCAGACAAUGCAUGGUCAGUAUGAUCCUUUGUUAUUUCUAUAUGCACAUUCUAAUAUGACUGAAAUCUAAUUGGCAGUGUGACUGGUUGAGAUCAGACCACCUGUAAUGGAUCUCAGUCUAUUUGCAAGAUCGCCACGGUAACCAUGUCGCCCAGUCACGCAUUUAACCUCUCUUUGAAUAUGGCCAAGAAGCCUCUCUCACUGUUGCUAUGUUCAAUUAGAAUCACACUCGUGCCUUUGGAAACAGCAUCCAGAACCUCAUGAUUGGACAUCUCACCUAAAUAGAUGAGAUGAAACUGUAUAUUAUAUAAGGGUUAAUUAUAUAGUUUGUACCUUUGAAGCACUAUCAUGUUUUUUGUACUGUAAAAUGUUGAGUUGCAGAUGGAAUUCUGGGACUUCAAUAA